GCGGUGCUGAUGCAGAUUCGGAGCAGUGCCGAAAUGAACGCCACUGGCGUGUCGGGCACUCCCUACGGAACCAACCUCGGAGGAUGGCUCUGCCUUGAAGACUGGUUCUUCUCUGGCUUUGCCGGGCGCUUCGUGUCCACCAGCGACAACAUAGGCCAGGGUGCUUGUCUCCCACCGCUGCUCCAGGGUGGUGAGAAGCCUUGGCCUUCCGAGGGCGUCCUGACGCAUCGGCUUGCCAAAACGUAUGGCAAGAAGUUUGCGGCGCAGGUGUUCAUGGCGCACAGGAAUGACUUCAUUAAUCCCAGUGACCUGCAGGCCAUGAAAGACAUCGGCAUCAAGACGGUGAGAAUCCCUGUCAUGUGGACUCUCUUUGCAGAUGCCCUCGCAGUCAUCGACAAGGAGGCUUACGGUUCGCACGAUCCAGACAAGGACACGGUGAUUGUCCCCGACCCGUACUACACCGAGAACAUCUCCUACGCGACCAUCCCGCGAAAUCUUCUGGAGUCGCUCUUCAUCCAGGGCAACGAGCUGGGCCUGAAGUUCCUGCUG